AUGCGAUGGACAACGCUUCAGUCUCCCGAGACGAGGAUAUUGGAGACACUGUGCGCCCAACAGGCCGGAAGCGACUCUUCAUUGCUCGAGCGUCUGUCUGACUUGAAUACACUCUGCGAACUAUACUUCGACACAUUCAAUCGCACGGCUCCGAUCCUAGAUCGCGAGUCCUUCUCCAAGACAGUCGGCGUCGCAGUAGAGACCGCAUUUGGGAUAAACAUAGAGUCGUGCCUAGUUUUGACCGUCAUGGCUCUGGGUUACAUGGCACAAGACGCGUUCAAUGAAGGGGGCUUUGCCUUGUCUUCCUCUAUGGAGGCACGAAACCUGUCUCCCCCCAAUUGCGAUUCUUCAACACCACAAAACUGUGAAAUCGCGCUGCGACUUUUCGACGAGAGCCGAAGACGCAUCGGAUUUCUCCUCAGUGAGCGAGACAUUCAAAGCUGCCAGUACUUUCUUCUCGCUGCAGCUGUAUACGCCGUCUUGCUACGGCCGCUUGAUGAAUGGGCUAUGACCAGUCAGGCUUGCACAAUCAUCGCAGCCUUCUGGCUGUCACAUCCUCACCCGGCUGAUGACUAUGAAAUCGACUUACAGCGUAGACUGUUUUGGACGGCUUUGAUGAGGGACACCAUCCUUACGGACGAGCUGGAAUUACCUCCGAGCUCCCUUCAAAGCCUUGAAGGGCGUGUCGCUCUACCAAAAUUCAUUCGACACGGACAUCCGGCAACAAGCGGUUGCGAUGACUAUUAUCACUGCCACUACCUCGCACAGAUCGCGGUACGAAUCAUUAUGACACGUAUCCGCGAUGAGCUCUUUCAUACCAAUCCUUCAGCCUAUCUCGCUCAGGAGCUAUUUCAUCAGCUAGAGCAGUGGCGUUCGAGUCUCCCUUCGUCGAUUCGAGAUGAUCUUGACAGCGAACCAGUCGUCCACAAUCAUCCCGCGCAGACUUUGGCUGUGGCUAUGCUACAGGGCCGCUACUGGAUCUCGAUAUAUCACAUUGGCAGGCCUUUCUUAUACAAAGCCCUCUCAAGCGUUUCCAAACUUGCCGAGAAUGAUCUCGAUAUUUGCAGACGCUCUGCUGAGGCUGCCAUCGCAUGGUUUGCGGCUUUCCAGCGCUGCAUAAAGAUGCGUGGCUAUAUGCAUCUCAAUUUCUUCGUCUGCGGCCAGUUGUUCGGGCAGCUUCUCAUAAUGCAUCGGCUGAAGUCUGCUCCAGAGGCCAAGAUCCGAGAAAUCGUACCCGAAAGAUUCGAGACUUCCUAUCGCGAGGCUCUCUGCUUCAUGCAGGAGAUGGCCCCUUUCAAUCCCACUGUCGCCCGCGACGUGCGAAUCCUCAUGAGCCUCUAUGAAUCUCAAGCUGGGAAGCCUUGAAACCUCGAAACGGCAGGACUUUCGUGACUACCGUGCGCGCAAAUCAGAAAAGCUGCUGCACAUAGCCAAUUCAGAUCGGCUCAAUAAUGAUAAAUGCGCACUCUGGUUUCGCCCAACAGACUUUUGGACCUUGGACUCACGUAGCCAUAGGUCAAUCGGAGACCCACCGCCAGCACUGCUGUGGGGAAAUUACACGCCGCGGACACAGAUAUCUUUGCCCGCGCUGAUUCUCCUCCCUGACCGGGACCUCGACGUCGCGAUUCGGCCAAGCCAGUUGUCAGCCAUCCCGCCUUGGAAGGGUAAUCGAGCAGAAAUAGGAAGACUAGUGGGACGGAAAGAAUCGUGAUGGGAACCUAGAUAAGGCAGAUACAUCAAAAUCCUUCUAGCCCGG